UCAACGCGGAAGCAAACCGGCUGUCUAAACAUGUCUGUGUCCAGCAGCUGCUACAAACCUGUGAGCCAUGUCCUCUUCGACAUGGACGGGUUGUUAUUAGACACAGAGCGGCUCUACACCGUGUCCUUCCAGGAAAUAUGUGAUCGCUUUGGAAAGCAGUACACAUGGGACCUGAAGUCCACAGUGAUGGGUAAGAAGGCUCUGGACGCCGCCCAGAUGAUCCGGGACUCCCUGGAGCUCCCCAUGACGGCCGAGGAGCUCCUCGCCGAGAGCAGGCAGAUACAAGAAAGGAUUUUCCCCUCUGCCAAACUCAUGCCAGGUGUGGAGAAACUCGUGCACCAUCUCCAGAAGCACUCUGUCCCCAUUGCUGUGGCAACCAGCUCAGCUGAUGUGACGUUCCAGUUGAAGACGAGCCAACACAAAGUCUUUUUCAGUCGUUUUGACCACAUUGUCGUGGGUGAUGAUCCUGAGGUGAAGAACAGCAAACCUCAGCCGGACUCCUUCCUGGUCUGCGCCGGCAGAUUCAACCCUCCAGCUCCCCCAGAGAAGUGCUUGGUGUUUGAAGAUGCUCCCAACGGCGUGAAGGCAGCACUGGCGGCGGGGAUGCAGGUGGUGAUGAUUCCUGAUGACAACCUAGACCCCAGCCUUACCCAGGAGGCCACGCUGCGACUCCGGAGCAUGGAGGAGUUUCAGCCGCAGCUCUUCGGCUUGCCGGCGUAUGACUGAGCCAGGCACCCUGUCAGAAACCACACCAUACAAUUCAGUCUGUGUGUCCGACUCCUUUCUUAAUCCACAGUGAUGAUCAAGUCGAAAAAAAACAAGCCGACUGCGUUCCUGCAUGCCUUACCCUGCUCUGGGUAUAAAGUGACGUUUUUUGUUUUUCUUCCCAGUUAAUGACAUUCAAUCGUUCGAACAGAUGAGACAUACCGUCACUGAACAAGACCUUUAAGCUGUUAGAUCUCAGGCCAGUUUAUUAUCAAUCUAUUUCAGGACUCCUUUCUGAAAGCUUUUGCUUGGUAUAUAUUACACAUAUUGUGUCACUUGGCAGUAGGGGUAUGCAGAUAUUUAGAUCUGGUGAGGUUUAGAUAUUUGUUUCCUUAUCUUCUUCCGCCAUCUUGCUACAGUGAACAGGGUUUUAAUGUGUAUUGCUUAAACAUUACAGAUGUAUUCAACAACAAAAACUACAACUGAAGCUGUAAUACUGUAAAUAGCUGACAGGGGGGUCCUUACAAUAUCCAGAGGAACAGGGGCACUGGAUCUAAAACUGUGAAUGUCAUUUUCCUACAUUGUACUUUAAAAUCCCCAAAAGACCCCAACAUUUUGGCACACACGCAUAUCUCACAUUUAGAAAUUCAUUUUAUUGAUCAUUUAUUGUUGCCCUUGAAUUGUUUUCACAAUAAAAACUGUGGUUUAUUCUCUAUUAAAACGCCCCACUGUCUUGGAUGUCCGGCACUGACAAUCAUAUGUGUGCAUUUCCAAAAUAAAAGGAGUCCAUGCUG